GCGGGCACGCGCAGCCGAGAAGAUGUCUCCGACGCCGCCGCUCUUCAGUUUGCCCGAAGCGCGGACGCGGUUUACGAAGUCUACCAGAGAGGCCUUGAACAACAAAAAUAUCAAGCCAUUAUUGAGUACUUUCAGCCAGUUACCUGGCAGUGAAAAUGAAAAAAAAUGUACCCUUGAUCAGGCUUUCAGAGGUGUACUAGAAGAAGAAAUUAUAAAUCAUUCAUCAUGUGAAAACGUUUUAGCUAUUAUUUCUCUUGCUAUUGGGGGAGUAACUGAAGCUUAGUGGUGAAGAAAACAGACUGUGGAGCCAGACUGCCUGGGUAUUUGUACCGCAUCUACACCUUUUGUGUUGUUGGGAGAUGUUUUGGAUUGUCUUCCUUUGGAUCAAUGUGACACAAUAUUCACUUUUGUGGAAAAAAAUGUUGCUACUUGGAAAUCAAAUACCUUCUAUUCUGCCGGGAAAAAUUAUUUACUACGUAUGUGCAAUGAUCUCUUAAGAAGAUUAUCUAAAUCCCAGAAUACAGUCUUCUGUGGGCGAAUUCAACUCUUUUUGGCUAGGCUUUUCCCUCUAUCCGAGAAAUCAGGAUCUCACUAUGUUGCCCAGGCUGGAGUACAGCGACUAUUUACAGGUCUUAACUUGCAGAGUCAGUUUAAUCUGGAAAAUGUCACUGUUUUCAAUACCAAUGAGCAGGAAAGCACCCUGGGUCAAAAGCACACUGAGGAUAGAGAAGAAGGAAUGGAUGUAGAAGAAGGGGAAAUGGGAGAUGAUGAAGCUCCAACAACUUGCUCCAUUCCAAUUGAUUACAACCUGUAUCGAAAAUUCUGGUCACUUCAGGAUUACUUUAGGAACCCUGUGCAAUGCUAUGAGAAGAUUUCAUGGAAAACUUUCCUCAAGUAUUCUGAAGAAGUUUUAGCUGUUUUUAAAAGUUAUAAAUUAGAUGAUACUCAGGCCUCAAGGAAAAAGAUGGAAGAAUUGAAAACAGGAGGAGAGCAUGUAUAUUUUGCAAAAUUUUUAACAAGUGAAAAGUUGAUGGAUUUGCAACUGAGUGACAGUAACUUUCGUCGACACAUCCUGUUGCAGUAUCUCAUUUUAUUCCAAUAUCUCAAGGGGCAGGUCAAAUUCAAAAGUUCAAACUAUGUUUUAACUGAUGAACAAUCACUUUGGAUUGAAGACACUACAAAAUCAGUUUAUCAACUACUAUCUGAAAACCCCCCUGAUGGAGAAAGAUUUUCAAAGAUGGUAGAGCAUAUAUUAAACACUGAAGAAAACUGGAACUCAUGGAAAAAUGAAGGCUGCCCAAGUUUUGUGAAAGAAAGAACCUCAGAUACCAAGCCUACAAGAGUAGUACGGAAGAGAACAGCACCAGAGGACUUCCUGGGGAAAGGACCCAACAAAAAAAUUCUGAUGGGAAAUGAGGAGUUAACAAGGCUUUGGAAUCUCUGUCCUGAUAAUAUGGAAGCCUGUAAAUCAGAGACAAGGGAAUACAUGCCAACUUUGGAGGAGUUCUUUGAAGAAGCCAUUGAACAGGCAGACCCUGAAAACAUGGUUGAAAAUGAAUAUAAGGCUGUGAAUAAUUCAAACUAUGGUUGGAGAGCCCUGAGACUGUUAGCGAGGAGAAGCCCUCACUUCUUCCAGCCAACCAACCAGCAGUUUAAAAGUUUGCCAGAGUAUCUCGAAAACAUGGUAAUAAAGCUAGCCAAGGAAUUACCACCUCCUUCUGAAGAAAUAAAAACAGGUGAGGAUGAAGAUGAGGAGGAUAAUGAUGCUUUACUGAAGGAAAAUGAAAGUCCUGAUGUUCAGCGAGACAAACCUGUAACAGGGGAACAAAUAGAAGUAUUUGCCAACAAGUUGGGUGAACAAUGGAAGGUUCUGGCUCCUUAUUUGGAAAUGAAAGACUCAGAAAUUAGGCAGAUUGAGUGUGAUAGUGAAGACAUGAAGAUGAGAGCUAAGCAGCUCCUAGUUGCCUGGCAAGAUCAAGAGGGAGUACAUGCCACACCUGAGAAUCUGAUCAGUGCACUGAAUAAGUCUGGAUUGAAUGACCUUGCAGAAAGUCUAACUAACGACAAUGAGACAAAUAGUUAGCUUCUUUUUUUUUAUUAUUAAAACUGUGAUAAGAUUUUGUUACCAAGCAGCAUUUGAUAAGAGGUCCACUGGUUUUGGUAAACAAUAAACAUUUUUAUAACA